AUGUGGCUGGGGCACCGAAGCCUGCCAGGAGUAGGCCUGGGACUUGCAACUGGAUGUGGGCCAUGGGCUAUUGAGAAAAGCCCGCGCCGUUUCCGUGAGAGAAAAUAUGGGCAUCGUGGUGCCGUGUGCUGCUCCUUGCUGUGUCUGCGGUGCCUACGAUGCCGGGGCCGUGCCGCGGGGAGCAGCGCGGCGCUCUUCCAGUGGCUGCGGGGCCUUGGGGCUGAGGGCCUGGACAGCAUCCACGUGGCGCCCAGCCGCGAGCCCGGCGCCGGCCUCGCCGUCUUCGCGAGCUGCGACCUGAGUCCGGGCCAGGAGGUCUGCAAGGUGCCCGCCGACGCCAUCCUCACAGCACGGGCAGAGGGCGCCAGCAGUGAGAGGAGUGAGUGGACGCAGGAGGCGCUCCUGGCGGAGCGGCUGCUGCAGGAGCUGCGACUGGAAGAGGCCUCGGCCUUUUCCGCCUACGUCCAGCUGCUGCCCGCGCUGCCCAGCGCCCACCCGCUGAGCGCCAGCUUCUGGGACUUGGCGGAGGCGGAGCUCGAGGAGCUCCUGGCGGGCAGCGUGCACGGCCUGCGCGUGGCACGGGAGGUGCGCCGCGCCCACGUGUCGAACCUGGCGCUGCUGCGGGGGGAAGACUUCUCGGAGGAGGAGAGCCGCUGGGCGCUGGCCAUGGUGGACUCAAGGGCCUUCACUUUUCAACCAGACAGGCCAAGCGAGCAGCUGGCGUUGGUGCCUUUGCUGGACCUAUUCAAUAAUAGAACCCUGCGUAGCCCUGAUAUGGAUGACGGGCAGCUCUGGCAAUGCUCGUUUGAGCCUGACGGGCCAGUGAAGGAGGGAGCCACACUCGUGGCAGAGAGACCAGUCAAUGCUGGAGAUGAGGUGUUCCACUUGUACAACACCAACUCUAGUGCCAUGCUGUGGAUGCUCUACGGCUAUUUGGAGGACGGCGAGGGCGAGAACCUCUUCGAGGCCGCUGGCCUGGAGGUGGACCUCGACGAGUUGGCCGCUGCGCAGCGCCAAGCCCUGCGCACGCUCGAGGCAGACUCAAUCGACGAGGAUGGCUCAAAGCUCACCUUUGAGCUGCCCAACGAUGCUCAAGUGGGCGGCGACCUGAUGCCGUUGGCUCGGCUGUUGGCCAGCAACAGUGCCAGCCAAGUGCAGCAGCUCGCCAAUGUUUUCGCCAACGGUGGUCCUCCACAGGACUUUGGCCUGCCCCUCGAGCUGGCAGCGCGCCGCCUGGUGGGCAGCUGGCUGCGCCAGGCACUAGAUGCCUCCGCUGCCGCAGAAAGGCAGCUGCAUGACCGGGACUUGCCACCAGAGCUUUGCAGGCUCGCUGCACAGCUUCUGCAGCGGGAGCGGCCAGUGCUGGAGCUGGAGCUACAGGCCACAGAGAGGUUCUGUAAUGCCGCGAGCCAAAGCCCCAACGAGCUGCGGGAGUUUGUGGCGGAAUACUGGACUGAGGCAGCAGCACCACUGGGCUUCGAGAAUGAGGACGUCAGUGACCUCAUUGGGAUCGGAAGCCAGGUGGCUGCUGGCGACAUGAGCAAGGUGGACAAAGAACUAUCCGCCCAGUCGCGACGGCAGCGCAUGACUGCGUGCGUUCGCGCAACGCGCGUGCACUUGGAACAGCGGCCAGAGGAGGUGGAAGCCACGGUGUCCUCCCUGAUGGCUCAGACCAUGCCAGGGGUUCCAGAACCCAGCGAAGAAGAGGCAACGAACCAAUUCUUCUCAUUGAGUGUGCUCGCUUGCUACGAAGCCAUAGACAACAAGACCGUUUCACAGGUGCUCAGCGAUGGCAAGCUUGCUGAGGAUGCUGCUGAGGUAGUUUUCGGGAAUGUGUUGUCCUCACGGCGACCGACUCGGCAGCAAGUGGAGCUGUACGAGACCGUCGUACAAGAGGAACAAGCUCGGCUGUUGGAGCAGUUGACGCCGGAUGACAUGCCCGGGGCCAUUGGCAACAUUGGGCGAAAGAUGUCGCCGGCCACAAAGGCUGCCUACGUGGCCUUUGUGUUGACAGGCGCGUUCUGA